GUGGCUGCCUCUUGAUGCCCUACCUUUUCAAGAGGCAGAGAUUUCAUCCAGAUUUCAUUUGUGCAAAGCGGAAUGCCUAGAUUUUAUUUCUGUCAGCCAAACGUGUGAAGAGGCAGCAGAGAGUGAAUGCAUAUAUUUACCCACGAAGAAAGUUCUGUUUGGAAUAAUGCCAGAAUCACUCAGGAUGCUCUGCUGCCUUUUUAUGGUUGGUUGUGCAAUAAUGCUCACUCCCAGUGGUGCACUGAAAUUCCUGAAUACAUCUGGCCCAGCGAUCAGCAAGGAAGAGGCCAGAAUGUCAAACCACUUGGUCUGUGAGAUGUCUGGAGAUUCUAUUGCAGCAUCUGGUGAAAAAUUGCUAAAACAAUUAAGUCAGUGCCAGCACCUGACCCCAGAUCAAGUUAAAGCAAUUCAAGAAAUCUUCAGCAGUGGAAAUACUUCAUUUGGGCCCCCUUCUACAUGGUCGUCUUCUGUUCUGAAUCAACUGAGUCCACUGAUCCUAAUCCUGGAUCCCAGUAUUCUGGAAAGUAUUCCUAAGAAUGUUUUAAGGCCGUGGUUACAAAACUCCAUUCUCAAUUCUGAUUCGUCACAAGAUCAGCUGGUCCGUAUUAGAGAAAGCCUUAAAUCCUCCAGGCCAAAGCGUGACAUUGCAAAGUGCCCAGAGAAGAAAAUCAUCACAGAGAAAAUUCUAAAUGAUGACCUGAUUGAAAAGCUUGUAUAUUAUAUUCCUGUGGAGCUAAAAUUGUGCUUGACUAAGGAAAACCUAGUGAACAAUAUUAGUGCAUUCUCAGACUAUCCUUUCACAGAUGAACAGCUGAUAGCAGUCAAGGAAAAACUGGAUGAGAUAUUUCCUGAGGGAUAUCCUCCUGCUGUAAUCAGUAACCUUGGACUCCUUGAAAAACUAAUAGAUAAAAACAACAUCAAGCAAUGGACUAUCAAUUCAUCAAGCACAGUUCAAGCUUUAUUGGAUAUUGUAUCCAAUGAUGAGAUGAGGAGUGCAGUUCUUCAGCGUUACAUUGAAUUGAGAAAGGAAAUUGACAGCGAUUUUCUGAAUGUGCUUGGGCAACACAUCUGUCUCCUGAAUGAGGACCAACUCAGCAUGAUAACUGAAAAGAACAUUGAGACGGCCAUUCUCCUUGACCCAUCCAAUUGCUCAUCAGCCAUCAAGGAUCAUCUGUAUGCUCAAGCCAAGCGGGCUUUUUCUGAUCGUCACUACAAUUACAGUGAAUAUUAUAAACGGAUCAAGCCAUUUCUGGGAGGUGCUCCGAUUGAAGAUCUCAGGGCACUUAGCAAAAAUGAUGUCAACAUGGAUAUGAAAACUUUUUUGGGCCUGAAAAGCAGCUCUGUAAAGGAAUUAACCCUUGAAAAUGUGAAAGGCCUGCUGGGCACAAACCUAAAUAGCUUGAGGGAUAAUCAAAAUAUCCCACUUGUACGAGAGUGGAUCCAGAAGCAGAAGCAAUCUGAUCUGAAUAGCCUUGGUCUGGGACUCCGAGGUGGCCUUCCCGAAGGAUUUAUUGUUCUUACAAGGCCCAAGAAGCAAGGCUGAGCUCUGAAACUUCACCUUCUGCUAAACGACCCUUUGGCUUCUUACUUCAACCGGGCAUCACCUAUUCAAGUUCAUCUCUGCAAGUGAAGAGUCCAGCAAACAAAAGUGAAUAAAUCUAGUGUUUGAGGAUGUAAUGCAAGACUUUUUUGAUCCUGCUUUCUUUUAUCUUCAAAAUAGAAGCACACACCGAUAGAUGCAGAUUUAGAGGGUUAAUUUCAUGAGGAGAAAAUGGAAACAUCUAAUCAUAAUAAAUUUUUAUUGAAAAUUUUAUCUACAGGGGUAGAGGGAUAUGUCAACCUUUUGCUGGAUGUCUGAUAAUCUUACCUGUCCUUGACUUUUAGUGUCUAUCUAAAAAAAUCCAAUGGCCGGGGGAAGUGAGCAUUCUUAGGUAGAAAAUGCAGCUUUUCGGUUGCAGUCAAGAAGUCUUACACUGAAAAUUUGUAAGUAACUUCUGGAAAAUUGUUAAAGGAUAUUGGUUAUUUGACUUUUCAAUGAAAUUAAUCUUUUCAAUUAUGAAAACUGUCUUUCAAAAAGGAACUUUUAUGUGUUUUUAGUUUCUGUUUCCUCCAUUUUCUAGAAUCAGCUGUCAGCUUAAGAAUUUGGAGAUCUGUGAUAUAUUAAAGUUGAUCCUGAUACUGCCUGGC